AUGCAUUAUGGUGAUGUUAUUGCAUCAGAUGCAGAUAUAGCAAAUAUAUUUGCAAGUAUUUUCAAAUCCGUUUAUAGAUCACCAUUACGUCCUCCACAAUGGAAUGUUGAAAAUAUUGGAAUUAAACCAUUUUCAUUUUUGCCCUCUAGACUUACUAUUGAAUUAAAGGAGGUAGAAGAAAGUUUAUUAUCUCUGAGAACAACUAAGAGUCGUGGACCUGAUGUUAUAUCAGCUCAAUUUUUAUUUAGUAUCAGAGCACAGUUAAAAUAUCCACUGUUCUUAUUUAACCUCUCAUUAGUCGAGAGUAUAUUUCCAUCAAUAUGGAAAACGAGUCAAGUAAUACCUAUUUAUAAUACAGGAGACCCAAGGUCAGUAUUUAAUUAUCGUCCAAUUUCUGGUUUACCUCUAAUUGGUAAACUAUUUGAAAAGAUUGUCCAUAAACGUAUUGAACGUAGAUUUAAAUUAGUUUUAUCAACAAAUCAACAUGGGUUUUAUAGCCGUCGUUCCACAACAACUAGUGCAUUAGAAUUUUCUUCAUUCAUCAAGGAUAGUUUCAAAAAUAUUAGUCAAGUUGAUGUUAUAUUCACUGAUAUUUCUAAAGCUUUCGACUCAAUAAAUCAUAAAGUGUUAAUUUAUAUUCUAGAUAAAUUAGUCACUUCUGGAGUCCCACAAGGUGGGCAUAUGUCACCACUUUUUAUUCUAAUGAACUCCUUAUGUGAAUCUGUUGACAGCAAAUUACUACUAUUUGCUGAUUAUUUAAUUGCGUUCGUUCUGAGUAUUUCACUACAAAAAUCGUUAAAUAAGUUAGUUAAUUGGUGUAAUACAGUUAGAUCAAUUGUAGAGUAUGGGUCUGUGGUAUGGUCCCCAAGAACCAAAUGUGAUAUAAUUCAAAUUGAACGUGUUCAACACCGUUUUUUGAAUAUGGUUUCUCGAUCAAUGGGCAUUAUUCACGAACCCCAUGAUUACAAACCCGUCUUAACAGCACUCAAUCUAUCCACCCUGAGCGAAAGAAGAAAUAUUAGUGAAAUUAAACUUUUAAAUUAUUUAGUUUCUGGCGUAAUUGAUUCACCAUGCUUGCUAUCUAGAAUAGGUUUUCGUAUUCCAGGAACAACCCGUUCACGUGACCCUUACUAUCUUGUCCUAGUGGUAAGGAAAUAUUUGGAUGAUGAACCUUUGAGGAGAACUAUGUCUUUAGUUAAUAGUCAAACUAAUUAA